AUGCGUUGGUGGUUUCGUGUGCUCCGUUAUGACUUGCCGUACAUACUGCUGGGCGUCGUCGUUGGUUGGAACACGGAUGUAUGCUGCUCUGUUAAGGGGCGCUCCAUGCUGCCCACGCUUGUGCCAGGGGAUUAUGUCUUGUUUCUCCCGCACAGUGUGCUCCGUGCUGUUGGCUACCUUUUCAAGCGUCCGCUCGUGCAGAAGGGGGAUGUUGUUGUGAUGAAUAUAUCGCCUGAGCUGACGGUAUGCAAACGCGUCACGCGCUCCACCGCGGACGCGUCCGUCAUGCGAAGAUGGAGCGAGGAACAAUUUACAGAGCUUUCACCGGAGCAGGUGCCUUUGUUGGAGACUGAUGCCGCCCCCGAGGAGCUUCGCGCGGCGUACGAGGCAAGAAUCUAUAACAGUGUCGCGGAGUACGCAAGGUCCCAUGACUGGGAUGCCUGUCUCGAACGCGUUGAGCGUCCCUCUGCGUGGCUCUGGCUUGAGGGCGACAACCCCGCGGAGAGUUUUGAUUCUCGGCAUGCGGGCGCGAUGCCGGUGGAGUGUCUCAGAGGGCUCGUCCUCCUAAAGGUGUGGCCCUCAAUUGGGCGCCUGCCGCCUCGAGCCCUCUCCGAUAACUGA